UGGCACUCGCUCUCUGGUGGGGGGUAGACGACCUAGUUGCCUCUGCAGUCGUUUCAGUCUGCCACGAGAACCCGUCUGUUUCGUUUUUCCAGUGCCGCGAGUCGUCCGGUUUGUCCUGACGGAGUUGGAGCCGGCGUGAUCCGAUGAAUUAUCGCUUCAACUUUUCGCCAUUUUAAGUGGUGGUUUGUUCUGGGUUUUAAGCAUGGUGAGGCGGACAAAGCACCACUGAAAAUGAACUUGAGUCUAUACAUUUCUGACAGCUUAGUCAAGUCAUAAGCAACGUGUGACGGUGACACAGAGGCGAGAAGAAACCUGGCCGACUGACCAAAACUGCGAGGAUGAGCAGACCAAAAUGGCCGGACUGAACAGGAUGCACGUUAUGGAAGGAGACUGCGAGAAAAGCAGUGGGUGUUUGACUGCAGAAGGAGCGCCAGAGAUUGGAAAGCCGCUUGAAGAGACUGAUGCCAAGACACCACCUGUAGAAACCAAGCUGGUGAACGGCGACCACAUUGAGGAUGAUAUUAGCAAUGUGGAACAAGUUGUCAAACGUAUUACCGAUGAUGUAGAGAAGCGUAUUCAAGAAGAAGUAGAAGAAGAUGAGGAAGAAGAAGAAGAAAUGACUUGUGAAAAGAAAAAAGAAGAGAAGAAUGAAGACAAAGAUGAGUCGGAUGAAGUAGAUACCAAAGAGGAAGACAAAGAAGAAGAAGAAGAAGAAGAAGAAGAAACCCAAACUGAAUGUCCGGCUUCAUUGUCCAAAGGUGAGGAACAGACCUCUAAACCACCUUCUCCUGAAGAUAAAGAGGAAAAGGUUCAGAAUCAACUCCAAACUGAGGAAGAGGAGGAUAAACUUACAAUAUCUAGUAAUCAUGUAAGCCAGAGUGAAGAAAGGCAGAAAAGAAGUAUGGAAAGAGAUGGUGAAGGAGAGAUGAGCAGUGGCAGUGAAAGUGAAACUGGUAGAAAAAAAAUAAAAAUGGAACCUGAAGUGGAAAAUCAGUCCAGUGAAGUAUCAUUCAGACUACAAAACUUUGGCAGUGAUGAGCGUGAGAGAAUGAUACAGGAAUAUAUCAGCGAUUGCACUCAGAAUUCAGAAGAGUUAGACCAAGCGGCCGAUAAACUUCAAAAAGAAGUUGAAGCCCUAACAGACAUGGCAAGGGUCAAAGAAGUAGAGUGGAAUGCCCUUCUAAGGUUGAGGAAGUUGAAAGAAGAAAUGCUCGAAAGGGUUCUAAGGCGAAAAAGAAUAAACUGCCUCGACGAACCUCAGUCGCACAAACUAAACAACUUUGAAGCACCUAAUAUGCAUAAAAACCUUGCAGCAACACAAGGGAGUCAGAAUGAGCUAAUGAUGGUUCCGAUUGUUUCUUCUAGUCCAGGUCUGAUGCAUUCACGUGGUCCACCAACUUCCCGGAACACACCUAUGCCUCCAGACUACAGCAGAAUGCAGAGACCCAUUCUGCCCAAGCCUAGCCCUUAUGCUUCCUACGAUCAGCCAUCUAGAGAAGGAAGAAUUGGAACAUUUGUUGAUGUCAAAUCUAUCAUCGCCGAUUUUAGGGCUAGGCAUCCAGAGUAUGUACCUCGAAGAGGGAGGAGAAUGCGUGGGGACAAUACCCCCAGAUUAAUGUCACCGCAUCCUUCAUCCCUAAUCAGUAUGGCAAAUAUGGCAUUAGGUUCUGGCUCAAGAGUGAGGACAGUGCCAGAAGCUCCUUACAAUUUAUCACAAGAAAUACCUCAUCCUUCGAAUACAGAUGUUUCACGGGACAGUCUAGAUAACUACAAGGACCACUUUAAAUUAAACAAUAACAACAUGACCAAAGGACCUCCUCCAUAUCCAGAAGUUACACUUCAUCCGGUGACCAGGCCAAGUUCACCGCCAUCAUCCUCCCUCCUUCAUGGCAUACUUACAAAGUCAACUCCUUCACCGGCCAACAGGCCAGCCUCCUUUUCGCCUACUUUGGCAAGGCUAUUAACAGCUCCGGAAAGGCCGACCAACCCUGGUCCACCACCACAUUUCAGGCCUCAACAACCUUCUCGAGUUUCCAUUGCGGAAAUACUCAAAUCCUCAAAGCAGCAGCAGAAGUCCAGAAAUGAAAUUACAAUCACCCCUGUACCUGGAGGCCCACCAGUGAAGCCAAAAGACGACGUCGUUCUCCUAGCCCAGGAUGAUGAUGAUGCCGAAAGCGGUGAUAGGUUAGUUAUCGACGAAGGGGUAGAAAAUGAAGAUGUUCCUCAGUGUCAAGGCUGCAAGCAAAAAUCAUCACAGUUCGUUUGUGCUGGUUGUGGGAACCAAUGGUAUUGCAGCCGAGAAUGUCAGGUAACAGCCUGGGAAGAACAUUCUGAAGUGUGUUCAGGCUAAAUGUAGUCAACUCACAUUAGCUAAGGAACGUGCCAAAAGGAUCUCACUGGUGCAACUUCACUUCUGCCAAUCUGUUUGUUACCAGUUUUAAUUUAUAAACAAUACCCAACUGUGUUGGAGAAACUAAAGCUCCAAACUUGCAUUAGUGUCUAUUGAUUAUUUAUACUGUUUUGUUAGUAACUAUUGUAUAAUUUAAAUAGUGUUUUUUUUUUUUUUUGAAAAUGCACAUCUGUUUUUGUUUCAAUUUUUAACUAUUGCUAUUUUUACUUGCGAUAAUAUUGCAUUAAAUAGACCAAUUAUUUUA